GUGGACCCAAGGGUGGAGAAGGGGGAAGGCGACGGACGCGCGUUCUCGGGCUCGUGACCGCCGGCGGCCCGGGCAACCCGCGCCUACACAGCUUUCGAGAGAUGGCAGGCGGCAGUGACCGGCGCGUCGUGGGCACCCUCCACCUGCUGCUACUGCUGCUGGCCCCCCUGCCCCUGGCAGCCCGUGCUUACAGUCGGGCCCCAAUUGCCUGGACCCAAGAGAAGAAUUACCACCAACCAGCCAUUUUGAAUUCAUCGUCUCUUCGGCAAGUUGCAGAAGGCACCAGUAUUUCUCAAAUGUGGCAAAAUGAUCUACGACCAUUGCUCAUAGAGCGAUAUCCGGGAUCCCCUGGAAGCUAUGCGGCUCGGCAGCACAUCCUGCAGCGAAUUCAGAGACUUCAGGCCGACUGGGUCUUGGAAGUAGACACCUUUCUGAGUAAGACGCCCCUUGGGUACCGGUCUUUCUCAAAUAUCAUCAGCACCCUUAACCCUACUGCUAAACGACAUUUGGUCCUUGCCUGCCACUACGACUCCAAGUAUUUUCCCCAUUGGGACCACAGAGUGUUUGUGGGAGCCACUGAUUCAGCUGUGCCGUGUGCAAUGAUUCUGGAACUUGCUCGAGCCUUAGACAAGAGACUUCUUUCCUUGAAGAAUGCCUUUGACUCCAAGCCAGAUCUCUCACUCCAGCUAAUUUUCUUUGAUGGGGAAGAGGCAUUCCUUCACUGGUCUCCUCAAGACUCUCUGUAUGGGUCUCAGCACUUAGCUCUGAAGAUGGCGUCAACCUCACACCCACCUGGAGCAGGAGACACCAACCAACUGCAUGGCAUGGAUUUAAUGGUCUUAUUGGAUUUAAUUGGAGCUCCAAACCCAACAUUUCCCAAUUUUUUCCCAAGCUCUUCCAGAUGGUUUCAGAGACUUCAAACAAUCGAACAUGAACUUCAUGAAUUGGGUUUGCUCAAGGAUCACUCUUUGGAGAGGAAGUAUUUCCAGAAUUUGGGUCACGGAGGUAUUAUUCAGGAUGACCAUAUUCCAUUUUUAAGAAAAGGUGUUCCAGUUCUGCAUCUGAUACCAUCUCCUUUCCCUGAAGUCUGGCACACGAUGGAUGACAAUGAGGAGAAUUUGGAUGAGUCAACCAUUGACAAUUUAAACAAAAUCAUCCAAGUCUUUGUGUUGGAAUAUCUUCAUUUGUAGUAUUCUGGUUUAGUACAUGGUAAUUGUUUCUGCACCAAAUUCAAAAUUCAAGGCACCAUUUAAAUAAUCCGAUUCCAGAUAGAUGCUGUAUGGAAGCUUCUAUCCUGGAGAUGCGUUUUGUAGGUAUCUUUGAAUAUGUGAUCAAUGAAUUACAGAAUUAUGUCUUGAAUUACCUAUUAAUUUUCAUCUAGAAAUAAUAGGGAACACAUAAAGAAAACAGAAAAUAAAUGUCUUUAAAAAUUCUUUAGAUAAAAGCAAUUAAAUGAAAUCAGAUUCAAUUAUUUAAUAUCAUAGUUUUUAAACAGUACUUAAAUAUGAUGGUGGUGUGCAAUAUGUAACCUUAGUUUUGUGAUUUUUCAACCAUGGAAAUGUAUUUUAUAAUAUAAAACAGAGAUGUACUUUGAAGACUUUCAAAUUUCUUUGAGAAAUGUUUGUAGGGUUAAUUUCAAGGAAUUAAAAUAAGAAUUAAAUGCCA